AUGGCACUGCGUCUGCGUGACUUCAUAGAUAGGGAGUCCUCGACAGAGACACCAGUUGCCGAGCCCUCAAUUUGGACAUCCCACGACAUUUUCCAAGCGGCAAAUGCCGCCAGCGUGCGCGAUUCCGAUGGAGAAGAUCCAUACGGGCCCCAGCCGAAGCGAUUCAUGCAGACCGAACACCAAAAGAGACAGCUUGCACGAGAUCUUGAAAUAAGGAGGAUGGCUUGGACAAUGAGAAAGAUGAAAAAGGAUCAUAAGGCAAACCAUCAGCGACGGAAGAAACAGAAGCAGCGCCCUUCCCCUUUCGAAAAGCUGCCUUCCGAUUUGGUCUUGAAGUUGAUGCAACACAUCCACCUGCGGAACAUUUCCGAAUUGAUCAAUAGUAGCGCAAUCAACCAAAGCAUCUUCAAAGCGAAUCAAACCGCAAUCUUCCGCGGUAUAGAGAUCGAGCAAUUCGGAGAAUGGAAGUGGCUCUUUGGAGACAGCAAAUAUAGGACUUCGGCACAAGCACAACACUUAAAGGAUGCCAUCAUCUCAGAGAACUAUUGCCACGACCCUGGAGCGCAUGGCUGGGCGUACGACGAGCAGCUCCUCGAAAUCCUGCGAAUGAUCGACAACAACGAGUUCACCGGCGUGCGGAAUGUCAUGUUCCUCCAAGACAUGCAAGACCGUGUGGAUGUGGAUAUCAAUGCGACCGAGUCAUACACAAAGACGAAGAUAGCGAGACGGACUGCGAUAUGCCUGAGAAGUCUUAGUUUCGGACGACCGGGCAUCGUGGAGGAGAAGGAGCGGACCGAGUACAGGCCACUGGUCGAUGCGCUUAUACUGCCAUGGGAGGCACGAUCUCAGCUUGUCAACGAACAACCAGGUAGCAUACAAGCAGAGAUUCGAUCAAUUCUCAACAUUGUGAUUGAGAAAAUUUACCACACACUCCAGCAUGUGGUGAGGCUCUGGUCAUGGCAGUAUUACAAUAGUCCUGGGGAGCACCUGAAGCCUCAAGCAGUGAAGAAGUGGAUGUCAAAGGUGGUGACAGGACUCAUCCUCGAGUCGGUGAUGCCACAAUGGCGCGCAGAGAUUAUAAGUCCCUCGCAAGUUCCGUGCUUCAUCUGGAAGGAUUCUCGAAUGGACCUAGCCGGCGACCUAGUGAAAGUGUUGAACGAGCACGAUAUUGGAAAGGAGGACGCGAUUCAGGCGGUCAAGAAUGGUGUGGAGUUUGGGAAGAGGAUCGGACUGGAUGUUGGAAGGUUAUUGGACGGGACCAUGGCAGGAGAAUAUAUUGACAUUUUCGGCGAGGAAGAGGCUAUUUUUCAGUAA